UUUAAACUCUUUUUUUAUUGAUACAAAAUAUAGUAUCACAUAAAAUUAGUUUAAACAUUUUAUUUUUAUUGAUUCCAUUCAUAUACAUACAUUGUACAGUGCUUGGUGAUGUUACCGUAAACACACGACACGAAUAGAUUAAAUACUACGUCAUCUAUAAAAAAACUUCAAAACACGAGCAUCAGAAUACAUGUGUCGUAUUCAUUCCAAGACCAAGUGAUCAAUGCUGACAAAGUCCAUCGGUUCAGUUUUUCAUUAUUUAUUAACACUACAUUUAAAAAAUGCAUAAGUGUGUAGUGUGCGGUAAUUCUACUACGUGGACUAGGGACACUCGUCCUGAAGUUCUUUAUCAUGGUUUUCCUAAAAAUGAACAAUUAAGAAGAAUAUGGCUUAAAGUUUUGGGAUUCGAUCAUUGUUAUGAUUGGCAACGGAUAUGUAGUGAUCAUUUUUUAGAUGAAAACUAUAGACCUGGAAAGAAGCGAUAUUUAUUACCAAAUACUAUUCCCCAACCUUAUGAUAAAAAUUGUGAUGCAAAUGAUGUUCUUUCUAAUUAUAUUAUCCAAAAUAACAAUACAAAAACUGAUAUUAAUGAACUCGUACUAAUGGAACAGAGUCUUUUAAGAGAGGAAAAUAUUAAAAUUGCUUUUAUAAAUAAUAAUAAAUUACCAAGAAGGUCAUAUGGAAAAAUUAAACUUACUACAACUAAUGAAAGUAUGCCAAGGCUCCAAACUGAACGAUAUGGUGGACAAAUUCUUACAUUUAUUGAUGGUGACAAUAUUCAAACAGUCAUUGAAAGAAAUAUUGUACCAGUAUUAACAACUACUAAGGACUUCACUUUGGGAAAUGGAUUACGAUGUUCCGUUAAAAAUUGCUUCAACAGACAUUCAGAACAUCUUAGUCUCUUUGGAUUUCCAAGUGAUUUUACUUUAAGAAAAAAGUGGAUAGAAAAUUGUGGAUUAAAUUUUGAUCCUACUAAAAAUAGUGUAAGAGUAUGUAGUGUUCAUUUUGAAAAUGAUUGCUUCACAAAUUCAAAAAAAAGGAACAGAUUGAGACCUAAAGCUGUUCCGACAUUAUUUUUAGAUAAUGAUGUGAUGGAUACAAGAAAUAUUUUAUCAUCAAGUUUACGUGUCAAUAGUGGGCUUAUUCAUGCAAAUAAACCAUCUUGUUCAUCCUCAAAUUAUAUUGCAAAUGUGGAAUCUAAUCAAACUCCCUUAUUGGUUUAUAUUGACUCGACUACUCGUUACGCUAAGGAUUUUGAAGCUUAUUGUUCUGUACCAGGAUGUAUAACUAAUACUGAAACGUAUAAAGAGGUUGAAGAUAUUUCCCUUUUYGCACCAACAAAAGAUUGUGUAAAUAAGUGGAGCUCAAUUUUAGGUUUACAGUUGACUGUAAACAGUAUUGUAUGUGAAAGACAUUUCAGACCUCAGGACAUACUCAAACCCGAAUUAUUGGUAAAUGGUUUGAAUGAAAAAGUAAAAUCAUUAUCACCUGAUUCUUUGCCGGUACCAAUUGAUGCUAUGCCAUCAUCAUCAUCUAAUAUUAUGCCAAAAUCUAAUACUAUGCUAGAAUUGAGAACAUAUGGAGGUAAAUUAAAAAGACCAAAAGCCAAUGAAGCUGAUAAACAGUUAUCAAAGAAAAUCAGAAACAAUGUACCAGAAGACACAUAUCAAAACAUUUCAACUUGCGAUGUAGAACCAACAUUAAAAUUGAACAGUUCAGAAUUUAUUGACAAUAAAACUAUAUUUUUUAAACCUAUUUUUACCACAGAUACACCUUAUUCAUCUGAAUUGCCCAAAAUAAAGACUCCAGUAAUUUCAAAAUGUAUUUCAUUGGCCAGAAAUUCAGAGGUACAUGAAUCUAUUUCAUUAGCCAGAAAUCCAGAGGUACUACAUGAUUCUUAUUCAGAUAAUAAUUCAAAUACCUCAGAAUGUAUAAUAAUUGAUGAUGAUACUGAAGACAAUGGAUUUAUUUUUGAAAUUUAUAAAAGUAUUGUACUUCCGAAUUUAUUUUGGAGGGUUAAACAUCUUAGUACACAAAAUGUAACAGGUUUUUAUCAACGAGACAUGUUUGAUUUAACUGUGAAAAAGAUUCUUUUUUUCAAUAGUCUUGUGCCAAUUAUACAAGUUUAUGGGAAGAAAUACGAAUAUAAUAACCCUAUCACAACAAUGAAAGAGUUAGAAAAUCUUUUAGAAAAAAUUGAUGAUAUUGAAGAAUGUUUUGGUAUGGAUGGAAUUGUCCAUGAAAGAUGUAUAGGUUAUUUUGAGGACACUUUAGAUGAUAUUGAAAUGUGUUCUGCUUGUCAAGGGAUCAAAACAGAUCAAAGUUUACAAAAAAUUAAUGCAACCAUUGAAUUUAAAUCCAAAACUAUUGAAAGUCUUGAAAGGAAAAUCUCUGAAAGGAAAGCAAGAGUAUUAGAACUAAAGAAAAUAAUAGAAGAAAAUAAAAAAAACGCAUUUUGUUAAGAGCUUUAGAACCAUCUGGAAUUACAGAUAUUAUGAAGUUUCGUUAUUAAUUGAAUUCUUUAAUGAUAGUUGUAUUUGCUUAUUUUUAAG